UUAUCAUUUUAGUGUGAGAUUGUGCUAAAAGAAAAUAUAUUUUUAUUUUAAGGCAUUUUUACCAAGAGGGAAAACAUUUUCCCCCCGCAUCUGGGUCACUCUUCUCCUUCCUCUGACUCACAUGUAAGCACCUCAAAUACCUUCCGCUGUUCUCUGUGUUAUUCUUCAGUUGUGGUUGGAGAAAUUUGUCCCAAACAUGCAUUGAAGAGAUGACUAGUGAUUCAGACCCUCUGCUGAUUGCUUCUAAUCAUCCCACAUGUAAAUCACUCCUCAGGUGUAUUUCUUAUAUGCAGAGAAACCUUUGUGAGCGGUGAGCAGCAACUAAUGUAAGCUGGAUUUGAUCAAACACUAACAACCUCACAUUUGUGCAACCAUCAUUCAAAUAACUUUUUGAAUAAUUACUAUUUACUGCACUUUCUGUGGUUCCCUCCUAGGGACAGAGAGACUAAAUUAGCUGUGUUCAGUUGUGUUACAAGGAUUAGUGCAUUGCAGAGGGGAUCACACUUACCUGCAGAGAAAAGAAAAAUCAGAUUCAUUUUAUCAUCUCAGCUUGACUUUAUCAGUAAUAUUCAUUCAUUUUUCUCAAGUUUUUGUAAUGUAUUUUUUUAGCAUGUCAUGUAAAUCAAUAGCUGGGGCUUCUCUCUUAAUUUCCCACCAAACCAGCAGAAGACCCUUUGAAAUCCCCACGCAUGGUAAGUACAUGUAAUCAUUUAGAAUCAUUUUAAAUGUCAAUGCUUAAGGAAUCCCGAGGAUCCAGUUUUAAUGGGACAAUAAAACCGAACCACACCGUUGUUUCUCUCUCUCUCUCUCUCUCUCUCUCUCUCUCUUUUUUGUUUAAAUUGCAGCCUCACUUCAACGCUGCCAGCUCUGUAGCACUCGUAAACACAUUCGCACCUCUCUUUUAUUUAAAUGUCGGUUAAGUUAUGGCACAUAAUUGAAGAGCGAAAAAAAAAAUGCAUUUGAAUGGUGUCUGGCGGAGCAGGUCCAAUCCACAAACCCACACUGAUUUAAAAGCGCACAGAAAGGAGAGACAGGACAAGUUUCUGUUCCUGGAAGAACAAAGGCACCUCAACAAUCAAGUUAAUUAAAACUACUGCUGGUGUCAGAAAUAAAGGGAGUUAUAUUCAUACCCAUUAAUUACUUUUUAAAAAAGUACACAAUUUGCAUAAUUAAGUGACUUAAAACUCAUCUUCUUUAAAUUAGAUUAUCACGCAGUGUUGUCUUUAUUAAGGUCUAAUUUCUUCUUUUUUAAAAGUUUUAAGGAAAAAAGAUCCUACUUAAAAAAAAAAAAAAAGUAAAACCAUCUCCUUGCGUUUUGCCCACCAGGAGAAAAAAAAAAAAAUCUCUAAAGCUGAUGGUCUCUCUGCGAUUACCCUAUCAGGUGCAAACCGCUGACAUGUUUCCACCCACCAACAACAAAAAAGCCUCUCUGUGCCCAAAUCUCCAGCCGCAGACGCACAAACACCGCUGACAGGCAGGCAGGCAGCGCUGCGCUUUCAUCAGCCUCUCCAGGGAUCUACGACUUUUACUGUCACUGCGAUAUUUUUUCAUUUUAAUUUCACCUGGAUAAGUUUAUCUGCUUGACUUGUCUUUUGAGGACCGCUUUAUUUGAUUUUUUUUUCUAACAUUCCUACAUUGUUAGAAUAAAAUGUGCCUUGCAAGGUGUAGAAAUCCCCCACAGGUACGGACCAAGAUGAAGAGCCUGUGAUCUCUGGAGGAGCAGAAGCUCAAAGGAUAUUUUUUUAAGUAAGGGGGAUUUUUUGAGACGUCGCAGCUUGGCUCCAGUUUAACGUGAACUUUUGAUACUCCGAGGACCUGAUCUGAGAAGUUAAUCUUUGGGAUAGUUCCCCCAACAAGGAAGCGCCCAAUGUUGUACUCCGUGCCUUUCCUGCUGCAUAUAUCCUUACAUUGGGAUUCAGUCUCCUGCUUACCGCCGGAGUUGUGUGCGUAAAAAGACGCGCAGCGGAGCGAAAGUCAGAGAGAGACAGAGAAGGAGGCGAUCGCGCCAACCUUUCCCGGGGUUCAGAGUGUGGAAGCAGGUGUAUUUGAGCCGUCUUUCUGAAAGCCAAGAUGUCCGUGCUGCCUUCGAGGUUCCUCUACCUGUGUUUACACUUUCUGGUUUUCUACUUCCAGCUGCAGGAAUCGCAGCAGAGCACUGCCGAUUUCAGGUUUUACAUUGAAAACCACACGAGGAACCCGGACGACCUGAGCCGAAAGCAGGUCCGGAUCUACCAGCUCUACAGCAGGACCACGGGGAAACAUGUCCAGAUCCUGGGGAAGAAAAUCAACGCCAAUGGAGAUGAUGGGGGCAAGUAUGCCCUUCUUGUUGUGGAGACGGAAACAUUCGGAAGUCACGUUCGAAUAAAAGGAAAAGAAAGUGAACAUUAUAUUUGCAUGAACGACAAGGGCAAAAUUGUUGGAAGGCCUGAUGGAAGGAGGCAGGAGUGUGUCUUUGUCGAGGAAUUCCUGGAGAACAACUACACGGCUCUUGUGUCGGCCAAGUACAAAGGAUGGUACCUUGGCUUCAACCGGAAGGGCCGGCCCAAGAAAGGCUCACGCACCACGCAGAGGCAACAGGAAGUCCACUUCAUGAAGCGCCAGCCGAAAGGUCGAGUGGACCCGUUGGAGGAGUUCCGUUUCACCACAGUAACUAAGCGGACACGAAGGGCUCGGCGAUUAAAAACCAACCCCAAGAGGAACUGACGGGACCGUUGGGAAAGCACUAGAUGUCCUCACAGGAGGGAACAGAAACUGAAAAUCUCAAGCUUCUUAAAAGAAUCACCUUAAAGACUCUGCUUCUGUAAAAGAAAGACAAACUAAAAGAACAAAAAGUCAAAGAUGUUUUAUUUUUGUAUUUCAGGAUGACUGAAUAUUUCCUGACUCUUGGAUUCUCCUGGGUUGAUGUCAUUGUGCUAAUGUUUCUGUCAUGUUAUUUAUACUGGAUAAACUCAAGGACCUCUGAGAGAACUCGUGUCGCUGCUGUCCUCAGCCACGUUUGAACUGCAAGCUGAAGGCAUACUUUCUUUUUGACAAUGGGAGCUGAAGCAGGAGCUGACGCAAUGUUAUAAAAAUCAGCCAACUAGAGAUUUAUUGGAAUACCUGUUGGUUUUUGUUUGUGUUGCCCCUGACAACGCGGAUCCCAUACUUUCCACUGGAAUUAGACACCAUGGAGAUGAAACGGAGAGAGGCGGCAGGUGACACCACGCUGCCGGGAUAACUGUGUAGCUUUGAGUGCAAUAUUUUACAAGUCUCUUGUCCGCUACGUUCUUUCCAUAUGUCUUUCAUCCCUAAAAGUCACUUGUGGCUCCUGGAAUGCGCUGAAACCUCGCAGUCCCCGGUGAGAUCUUCAUGACAUUUCCAUGCAGCCUGCGAUUCAGCUGAAAUGCAACGUGCUUUGACGAGUCCAACACCCGUUGUGAUUUUAGUCUUGUUUAAACACUGAAAGGAAACAGUACAAACAGAAAAAAACAGCGUAAUUCCACACUGUCUUCCAGCUUCAACACACGUGGGGAAGGUUGUUAAUCCUUUUUGUCUGUUUCUAUCAGCUCUUCGUCACAUGUGUUAAAACUGUUUCAGAUAUGGAUUCCUUUUAUUCCUAAACUGAGAGCUUGCCAGCUUUUUGGGGCUGACAAUGACUUCCUCUACCUCUUUUGUUUAUCUUUACCUGGUCUGAUUGUCUGUGUUCAGUUAAUCUCAACUUUGACCUUAAACUCAGCUUUUCUUCUUUUCUUUCUCUCACUUGAAGAUGCUUUUGGAAAAGAAAGCAUACCAAUCAUCCACAGACAGGAAAUCUGUGCAUUAUCCUACAUUAUUUUAUAAACCUCCAUCUGAUGAUUAAAGCUUCUUCUCAAAUACUGAGUUGACAGGAUUCAGAGAAUCCUUUCGGCCAGAUUUCAUGUCUGAAUCAUAAAAAGGGAAAACACUUUGCUUCUCACCGACAACAAACUCCAGGUUUUUUCACCAGUAGUUUGUAUUUACCUGACCCCUGGCAGGUCUUUUUGUAUGAGUUGCUACUAACAACAUGACACAUUUAUGUUUUUUUUAAA